AUGAGUCGGGCGCAGGUUGCCUUGCGAUUUGGUGGUCUCUGCAAGACUCUAGUACAAGGCAAGCGCCCUCAUAGCACUGUUGAGCACCGUGUGGGACAUGGUCGCGAUAUUGAAGUCUUCAAGGGACGACUGCCAGCGCUUCGGAAAAACGGCCGCCAGCGGCGUGUCGCAUGCGUUGCCAAAGCAGAAGAGGAAGACGACGACGACGACGGGAAGAAGAAGCAGCCGCAGCAACAGCAACAGCAACAGCAACAGCAACAACAGUAG